AUGGACAACCAAGCACAGAUCACCAGACUACACAGAGUAUGGCUCACCGUCAACCAGAUGGUGCUGGACCGGGGCUACGUCGUCGCCGAGAACGAGACCACCAUCACUCGUGAGGAAUUCCAAAACACCUACGGUACCGCUUCCGGUGUCGACCGUACCGCCCUCCGCCAAUUCUUCAGACACAAGGAAUCAAACUCCCAGCUUUAUGUCGAAUUCUCCACAAAUACGGAAACCGGCGAGACGAUCGGUAUCAAACCCCUCCGUGCUUUCGCCGCGACAUUGGCAGAACACCAGUGCGCUGUCGGAAUCUACGUCUACGCCGGUAAACUCUCGCCAUCUGCCUCCAAGGUCGCGUUGGCGGUUGCGGCACAGCACUCCAUCGAGCUCUUCCCCGAAUCGGACUUGAUCGUCAAUAUCACUCAGCACGAGCUCGUUCCUAAACACGAGGUCCUGUCGAAGGAGGAAAAGUUGGAGUUGUUGGAGAAGUAUCGGUUGAAGGAGACACAGUUGCCUCGCAUUUUGCCGGUGGAUCCUGUGGCGAGGUACUAUGGUUUGAAGAGAGGACAGGUCGUUAAGAUCACCAGAAGGUCUCCGACGAGUGGGAGAUAUAACACUUACCGAAUCUGCAUGUGA